AUGGGUCCAGUAGUUGUCCUGGUGCUGGGUCUCUCCUGUCUGCUUCUCUUUUCAAUAUGGAGACAGAACUCUGGAAGAAAGAAGCUCCCUCCAGGUCCCACUCCUUUCCCAAUUAUUGGAAAUAUACUGCAGGUUGAUAUUAAAGACUUCACUAAGUCUUUAACCAAGUUCUCAAAAGUCUAUGGCCCUGUGUUCACUCUGUAUUUGGGCAUGAAGCCCACUGUGGUGUUGUAUGGAUAUGAAGCAGUGAAGGAAGCUCUGAUUGACCAUGGGGAGGAGUUUUCUGGAAGAGGCCAGUUCCCAUUGAUUGAUAAAUUUACUAAAGGCCUUGGAAUUGUUUUCAGCAAUGGACACACAUGGAGAGAGAUGAGGCGCUUCUCACUCAUGACCUUGCGGAAUUUGGGGGUGGGGAAGAGGAGUAUUGAAGAGCGUGUUCAAGAGGAAGCCCGCUGCCUCGUGGAGGAGUUGAAGAAAACCAAGGGCUCACCCUGUGACCCCACCUUUAUCCUGGGCUGUGCUCCCUGCAAUGUCAUCUGCUCCAUUGUUUUCCAGAAUCGUUUUGAUUAUAAAGACCAGGACUUCCUGAACUUGAUGAAGAAAUUGAAUGAGAAUGUUGAGAUUAUGAGCUCACUAUGGAUACAGAUGCCUAGUGGAUCAGUGGAUAUCCAGGUCCUUAGUGAAAGCUUACAUUUCCCAAAGGUUGGUCUUCCAUUCAGAUAUUUCAGAUUCAUGCUAUUACUGGCUAAAGUGAAGGAAGAGAUUGACAACGUGAUUGGCAGGCACCGCAGCCCCUGCAUGCAGGACAGGAGCCAAAUGCCCUACACAGAUGCUGUGCUGCAUGAGAUCCAGAGAUACAUUGAUCUCCUACCCCUAAGCCUGCUCCAUGCGGUAACCCGUGAUGUUAAGUUCAGAGACUACAUCAUUCCCAAGGGCACAACUGUAUUACCAUCACUGACAUCCAUUCUGCAUGACCACAAGGAAUUCCCCAACCCAGAGAUGUUUGAUCCUGGCCACUUUUUGGAUAAAAAUGGUAACUUUAAGAAAAGUGAUUACUUCAUGCCUUUCUCAACAGGCAAAAGGAUUUGUGCUGGAGAAGGCCUAGCCCGCAUGGAGCUAUUUUUAUUCCUGACCACCAUUUUACAGCACUUCAACCUGAAAUCUCUCGUGGAUCCACAGGACCUCGAUAUCACUCCAGUUCUGAAUGGGCUUGCCUCCUUGCCACCAGCAUACCAGCUGUGCUUCAUUCCAGUGCAAAGAAGAGCUCUGCUGUCUGGCUCCAGCUGUGCAGCAAUCUGCAGUUCCCUCCUCUGA